UCAGGAAGCAGGAAGCAGUUUGCCGUCAUGCAGUUAAAACAUCAUCCAACACUUGGACAACACGAACUUUAAGAAAUGUAAACGGAGUCUACUUUGUGGUGAAGAUGUAUUUCAUCGCAGUUUUCGUCCUUUUGGGGACGAGACUGACGGUAAACAGCGAGAAACAUUCCCUCAAGUACAUCUACACUGCCUUCUCCAAACCUGUUGGACUUCCGGGCAUCCACGAGUUCACAGCUAUGGGUCUGCUGGACGGCAGGAUGAUCGACUACUAUGACAGUGAUCUAAAGAAAAAAGUUCCCAAGGAGCCCUGGAUGGAAGAGAAGCUUCCUCCAGAUUACUGGGAGAAAGGCACACAGUCCCGCCUGAGCAAGCAGCAGUGGUUCAAAGUCAACAUCGACAUCCUGAAGAAACGAAUGAAUCAGACUGAUGAUGAUGUCCAUAUUCUUCAGUGGAUGGUCGGCUGUGAGGGUGAGACGAGGCCUGAUGGCAGUGUGACGUUUAGUCGCGGCGUGUACAUGUACAACUAUGAUGGACGAGACUUCCUGUCCUUCGAUGACACCAAUGCAGUCUGGGUUGCCUCAACUGAUAUAGCAGUCCCGACCAAGAGAAAGUGGGAUGGUGUCCAGAUCCUAAAAGAAUACACCAAAGGCUACCUGGAGAACGAGUGUAUAGAUUGGUUGAACAAGUUCAUGACAUACGGACAAAAGCAGCUGCAAACAGCCUCAAAGCCAGAUGUGUCCAUGUUUGCUACGAAUGCCAAAAUUGAGACAUAUGUCAUGUUGACCUGCCUGGCCACAGGUUUCUACCCAAAAGACAUCAUCCUGGAGAUCAAAAGGAACGGCCGCGUUCUGACUAAAGAGGACGGGUUGUUCUCCUCAGGUGUUCGACCAAAUGAAGACAGUACCUACCAGAGAAGAGACAGUGUGGAGAUUUUAAAGAGUGAUAAUGCUACAUACAGAUGUGAAUUCCGUCACAGAACAACCAAUAUAUCUGUGGAGAAGGUUUGGGCUCUGCCAAAGGUGUUUGUGUCUGCUACAAAGACCAGAAAUGAGACAAACAUCAUGUUGACCUGCCUGGCCACAGGUUUCUACCCAAAAGACAUCAUCCUGGAGAUCAAAAGAGACGGCCGUGUUCUGACUAAAGAGGACGGGUUGUUGACCUCAGGUGUUCGACCAAAUGAAGAUGACACCUACCAGAGAAGAGACAGUGUGGAGAUUUUAAGGAGUGACGUUGCUUCAUACAGAUGUGAAGUCCGUCACAGAGCAACCAAUGUAUAUAAGGAGGAGAUUUGGGAUCAUAAGCUUCCUGACCCUCCUGGAGGAAACAUCAUAGGAAACAGCUUGAAACAGCAACAUAAUGCUAGGGUGAUUGUGGUUGUGCUCCUCCUUGUCGCCAUCGUGGCUGCAAUGCUGCUGGUGUUGUAUAAAAAAGGGAUAAUUGGGUCCAGAGUGUCUUGGAGCAGAGGUGGUUCUAGCCCUGAUGCCUCAUAUUCCCAAUGACGAAGAUGUGAACAAACCUCUCCUGCCAGACAAGAAAGACCAGAAAGACAACGGCCAAGGUAACAGCUCUGAUGGCAGCAGUCAGCCUCUCCUUCCGAUACCGUUUUAAGUCUGAGAGGAACCAGCUCACCACACAAAAACAGUUUUCCAAGUUAAGUAGUAGUAAAAAGAGACUGCUUUGUGGUUGUAAUGUUUCAGCAAUGAUCCUGAAGUACGGGUAAUACAGGGAUUGGGUGUGAACUUUAGUAAGUGUGAUAGUUUGAGGAGUCCUGAUUACUCUGGAAUAAUGUUCCAACAGAUUUCACAUAUUCUUUCUUUGUAGUUUUCUUCCAUUGAUUGCCUUAAAUGGGUGAAAAAAUUCUUCCAUGUCUCUUUAAACUGAACCUCAAAGUCAUGGUGAAAGAAACACUAUUGUUUCACAUUACUGAGGCAAGUUUAUUGUGAUCGGGGGUAAGAGAUCCUGGAACGUCAAGUGGAAACUCAGGAAGGUGAUUAGAAAAGUGUGACCUGUAAGAAAUGAAACAAAUGUGACAUUUAACCUUUUAAAAGGAAUCUCUUUGAAAUCUGAAAAUAUUGAAGCUCAGAGAUCAUUAAUCACAGUUACUGAAGCAAAUGUUAAAUGCUACAGUAGAUUUAUGCAAGAGGGUAAGAAUAAGUGUUUUUACUUGAAGUAGCUGUUGUGGAUCUGUUGAUAUCGUAUUUCAAACAAAAUCUUUGUCAAAUUUUACUAAAAUCAGUAACAGCUGGAUUUGAUGAGACAUUUUGAAAAGCCUGAAGACAGAUCAUGAAAUAAAAUCAGAUUUAUGAGGUGUUGAGCAAAAAAUUCUGGCUUGUAAAUUUAGUAAAAACAGCUUGUCAGUUGACCAGGUGGCUGGGCUUGUUUAAAGAGGGAGGAAAUGUUUAAAGUUUCUGAGGAGAUCUAUAUGUAAGUGUAUAUAAAUAAAGACUUUUCUAUUUGUGCAGAACAUUUAAAAAUAUUCUUUACAAAAGGUUCACAUCACAGUUAACAUCAUGUCUGAUUUUAUUGCCAAAAUUAUGAUGUUAAACAUAAUUAAAUUAGUGGAAACCAAUGGCUGCCUUAAAGGUGGGAAAUAAUGGUAAAAAGUACUUUAACAAAUGGUAAGAACUUAGUAAACAGUGUAUGUGAUUUGUAUUGAACAGGCUACAACUGAACAUUUACAGCUAUGAUCAAUUAAGUAUAUCGAUGGCCGAAGAGCAAAGUCUCCUAUCUGAAAAAUGCACUUUUUUGAGAAAACUAUAAAAAACUUGUUUUCUUGCAGAAUGCUAUUUAUUAAGGAUACCCAAUACGUAAUAUAUUACGUGUUAACAAUACCAACUAGGUAUUAGUGCCUCGCAUAGUGCAGAUAGCAGGUUUUUCCCCACUUUUCCUGGAUCAUUUUGCAGAUAGGAGCUUUUGCACUUUGUGCAAGUUGGAAGAGGUUCUACAAAGCGAUGCUCUAAAUGAAGUUAAUAAUUUAAAUUAAAUUAAGAAUAAAAUUAAGCUUGUUUUCAGGUAAAAAGAUGGGCCAGUGUAAUAAAUGUAAUAGUUACUACAUUGUAGUAUAUUAGGGUCAGAAUUCAGCUCGGUCUGGUGCUGAUGCAGGUUGGAGGUUUUGUGACUCAACAUGUUCCCAGCGAACCUGAUAGGAAGUUUUCGUCAGGUGACUUUUCUGUCACAACGAAGGGCGGGAUUAUCCAGCAGACAGACUGAAGAUGAGCAGCCUUCCUUGUUCUCAU